UAAUCACACGUCCAUUUGCAUCAAGCUCUGUAAGUGAAGUUUUUAUUACGGCCACUAGAGGGAGCGAAUGCCAGCCAGGAAACUGCUUCAUUUGUUAAAGUGGUUUUCAUCUCGUUACUCAAAAUUCGGGGUACUUGUGGGUUUUUUUGGUUUGUUUGUUUGUUCUCCAAGUAUUAUUUUUUUCUACAUGUUUCACAUUUACUGCAGAUAGGAUUUAGCAGGCCGCUUUGAGUAUUUAUUUUACAUUUAUAAGCUAAACAAAUUAUACCGCCCCAGGCCUCACGAAGAAGGCCUAUAUGGUAGAACUUUCCUGCAAAUACUACCCAGACAGGCGCAGGGAAACUCGGCACGUUGAGGUAUCACAAUGGCAACCUCUACAGAAAACUGCUUAAGCAAUUCACUAAUAAAUACACCAGAUAAUGAAAAACUGGUGAAACCGAAAGCACAGCUGCUUACAUUGCUGCGCUGCGGUGGUGCAGAAAAGGACAUUUUCACAAUGAAAGAGGUCAUGUUUUACCUGGGGCAAUACAUCAUGGAUAAAGAGCUGUAUGACAAGAAACAGCAACACAUAGUCCACUGUUCUAGUGAUCUUCUAGGAGACGUUUUGGGAGUACACAGCUUUUCUGUGAAAGAACCACGGGUAUUGUAUGCAAUGAUCUCCAAAAACCUGAUAGCUGUCAAAAAUCCAGAUCUCCUCACAGCCUUAACAGAACCCAGGUGUCAGAGUGAAACAGAUAGAGGCCCAGAGGUAUCGGGCUGUGAUUCCAAUGAAGAGAAUGGUGCUGCAUGUAGUCCAGCUACCGCUGGAAGGAGACGUCGGAAAAGUAACGAAUCCGACAACACAUCUGCAGAUGAUGAUAAUGAUGAGAAGGAGGAGAGUGGGCGGCGCAGGAAAAGGCACAAAUCUGACAGCAUCUCGCUCACUUUUGACGAUAGCUUGUCGUGGUGUGUGAUUGGCGGAUUGUGUCGGGAGCACGGGAGCAGUGAGUUGUCCUCGGAUUCUCCCACUAAUCCUGAUGCUGACAUUGUUUCCGGCAGCGAAGACUCGGAUGAAACUUGGUUUAGCCAAGAUUCCGACUCGGACCAUUUCAGUGUGGAGUUUGAAGUGGAAUCCGUUCACUCGGAUACUUACAGUCAGAACGAAGAGGCGCAGGAUCUGACCGAUGAAGAUGACGAGGUUUACGAAGUCACCAUCUUCGAGGCUGAAGAUGAUGACUCCUUUGAUGAGGACACAGAAAUUUCGGUAGCAGAUUACUGGAAGUGCUCAAAAUGCGACGAACUCAACCCACCUCUUCCCGGCCGAUGCCAUAGAUGUUGGUCACUCCGUAAAGACUGGUUUCCAGAAUUCAACAAUCCCAAAUCCUGGAACUCAAAGUCAGCUACCCUGGACAAGCCAGGUCUAGAGGAAGGCAUUGAUGUUCCAGACGGCAAGAGAGCCAUUUCAGAUCCCUCUUGCGGAUCGAAGUUGGACGUGAACAAAAGCAAUGAUGUUUGCUCUUCGGAGGGCUGCGCAACGUCUGCUUCCGAAUCUCAGGAGACCUUGUCCUCGCAGCCAUCCACCUCAAGCACCAGUAACAGCCAAGAGGAGACCCCAGAGCUGGAGAGGGAGAGCAGUCUGGAGCCCUGCCUCCCCCAGAGCAGUGUGGAGCCCUGCGUCAUCUGCCAGAGCCGGCCCAAGAACGGCUGUAUCGUUCACGGCAGGACGGGCCACCUCAUGGCAUGCUACACCUGCGCCAAGAAGCUCAAGAAGCGCAAUAAGUUAUGUCCGGUCUGCAGACAGCCGAUACAGAUGGUGGUGUUAACCUACUUCAGCUGAGAGCAUGCACAGUAAAGAUGGCUAUUUAAUAUAAGCAAAUAUUAUUAGAAUUAUAUGUUUGAAGAGAUUUUUUGUGUAUUGUUUUUUAAUGCAUAUUUUCUUGUUCUAAAAUUUAAAUAUUUUGGGAAAACUAUUGUUAAAAACAUAGAUGCCUUUUUGACAGGUUGAGAUCUCAAGUAUAAUGUCGCUCAGAAAAGAUUAUUUUAAUUUUUUCUUUUAAAUCUGGUUUUGGACCAAUGAUUGUCUAUGGUAACACAUAAAUGUCAUUAUUUUGUUAAAGUGGGACUGCAUUUCUCUGCAUGUAUACACUGUUGAGAAUACUUGAAGUCAGGGACCAUUCUAAAAUGUGCCUUUAGCGAACAUGCCUCAACCUGUGAGUUCAUAAAGCAGUUCUGAUAGCUAUGAUCAGUGGUUCUCAUUUAUGGCUCUUUCGUUCAAUUCCAUUCCAGGACCUACCAUCCAUGUCCUUAAUUAUUGAACUGAGCCGUCCAGAGCCUUGCCCCGACCUGGGGGGCGCUUCCCCUUAACAGCAGUACUUGUGACUCUAAGAUUAUUCCGCUUUUGAACUAUCUUCCUGUUUAUUUCCCAAACCUCUCAAGAUUCUCACAAGCAUCCAUUUGGUUUUCAAGUAUCACUCAAGGGUGUAAUGGUGGAGGAACAAGUUUAGUCAUUUUUGGUUGAAAUCUACAACGAUGACUAAGUGCUAGGUUUCUGAAGAUUCAAAUAAAACUAUUCGUUUUAAAGCAGCCAUACACUAUUGUCUUAUCCCGAUUCCUAACCUCCAUUGACAUCAGUACAAGUUCAGGAACCUCUGGAAACACUUAGAGGUUUGGGACUCUUGUUUCAGUGUAGGCUUGACUUAAAGUAGCUUUUGGGAAGCGGCCCCCAGCUAUUGUAAUUGUGUACUAAAGCUAGGUGUUCAAUUAAAUAACUUGGUUGGAAUGAAGUGAAAGAGGCACAAGUACUUACCACUGUUGGAGAUCCUGGAAUGCCUGCUGACAUCCGAGUUCUAGAGUUCCAUAAAGUGUGCAUAGUGCUGUUUGAGGAGUCAGCGUGCACAGCAGUGCUGUGUGGAAAAGGAAAGGGGCGUCAGCAGGUGUUCUAGAUCUUUUAAAGGGUUCAAGGUGUGAGAACAAGCAAGGCCUUUACAGGUGUUUACUUUGUAAUUAUUUGUGAUGCAUUUGGAGAAUACCACACCUAAAGUGGUGAGUUUUAACUAUUGUUUUAUUUUAAGUUGGUUUACAUUUUCACUGAUUUAAUUUAUUAUUUGUGUUCAUAUGCUGUUUGAAUGGCACAUUAAAUGCAUUUACUUACAUAAUUUAUUAUUUAGGGUUAGUAUGAUUUAUACUUUUCAGAUGGCCCUUGCAUAAUUAGAACACCUGAAUUUAAAACUUGUAAAUAUGUUAAAUACAGUAGUUUAGUUGUGGUUCUGCAGUUAAAUGUAUCUAAAGUUUGUAUUUGCUAACAUUUUUAGAUUUAUGUGAAUUUAAAGUGUCAAAGCGUUGCUAAGAAUAUUUUUUUUUUAAGGAUUAGAAAAUCUGUAUAGGGUAAUUGAGUUUCUUUGCAAAGCAUUUUUCUGCCCAGAUAUUGAACUGCAGUAUAUCAGUUAGGCCCUACCCUUCCAUGGCAGCGGAUAUUGUAGAUAAACUAUUAACCUAGAAAGCUACAGGAUCCCUGAGUGCAUGUUAACUGUUUUUAAUAACAGGCUUCCAGAUUCCCUGUAAUUAAAUUAAACCCCUAGAAUAGUCCUUAAUUUAGUGAAAUCUGAUAUACAAAAUAACAUUAACUUUGACAGAAAAGGGGCGGUUAAAUUUAAGUAUAAACCUUAAACACUGACUCAAUUGUCAUGUUUCUUUCUUUCUUCUUUAUAUAUAUAUAUAUAUAUAUAUAAUAUAUAUAUAUAUAUAUAUAUAUAAUCUCUAUAUAAGAUAGAUUCCAAUUUAAAGCUGCAAACAGCUACUGUAUAGCAUUAAUAACUUAGCUAAUAGUUCUCAAAAUAAAUUAAGCAACCUACUUCAAUUAUAUUAUUUUAUAUCUUGUAAAUUUUGUAAUCUCCCAGACAUAAAAUAAUAAACACUUCCCCUAAAGUUUUUUUUUUUUUUUUUUUUAUAACACGUAGCCUUCAUAUUCCCAUAUAGAAGGAGCAUUGCACACAGUUAUAAUUUGUGCUGGAUUAAAGUCUAAAUAUUAGAUACACAAACAAGAGGAGAGGUUCCUGUGCAUACUGAUGGUUUGGGCUGCGUGGGUCUGUAUAAUACUAUGUGCUCUGCAGUGUCUGUUUUGGUACAAUGUCUGAAUUCUGUCUUGUUAAUUUAAAUAGCUUUAACAAAAUAAUAAUAAUAAUAAAGUCAAUUAAAGUGUGUAAACUGGGAUUUUAUUUUUGCUUUGAGACACAAGUGGGGUUUAGGGUUUGUUGCACUUGAGUAGAACAUUCUGUUUGCAUAUUGUGGUCAUCAGUAGUAGAACCAAACAUAACGUUUGUAAUAAAUUCAUGAAGAUUGUUGUUGAAAUGUC